CUGGCUGCACAGCACAGGGUCAGAAGCUGUCCCCACAGCUGGCGGAGGAUCUGUCCGGGGAGAGGGCGCCAGCAGAACGGUUAUGGUUCACUUCAGUUUAACUCAGCAGAGUCUGUUGGACAAUGACGAUGUGCUGGGGAGUAUGGCGUGGAAUUCAACCUGCAAGAACUGGCUGGAGGUGGAGUCUGCCUUGGAAAAGUACUACCUUCCCAUCUUCUACGGCAUCGAGUUCAUCGUGGGAAUCCUUGGGAACACCACUGUGGUGUUCGGCUACCUCUUCUGUCUGAAGAACUGGAACAGCAGCAACAUCUACCUUUUCAACCUCUCCAUCUCCGACCUGGCCUUCCUGUGCACCCUGCCCAUGCUGAUGAGGAGCUACGCCAAGGAAACCUGGUUGUACGGCGAGGUGCUCUGCGUGAGCAACCGGUACGUGCUGCACGCCAACCUCUACACCAGCAUCCUGUUCCUCACCUUCAUCAGCAUCGACCGAUACAUGCUCAUGAAGUUUCCCUUCCGGGAACACCUCCUGCAGAAGCGGGAGUUCGCCGUCUUGGCCUCCUUGGGGAUUUGGGUCUUGGUCACCUUAGAACUGCUGCCCAUCCUUCCCGUGAUCAACCCCGUCACGACCGAGGGGGGCACGAGCUGCACCGACUACGCCAGCUCGGGGGACCCUCAGUACAACCUCAUCUACAGCCUGUGCCUGACCCUGGUGGGCUUCCUGGCUCCUCUCUCCGUGAUGUGCUUCUUCUCCUACAAGAUCGCCGUCUUCCUGAGGCAGAGGAGCAGGCAGCUGAGCACCGCGCUGCCGCUGGAGAGGCCCCUCCACCUGGUCCUCCUGGCCCUGGGGGUCUUCUCCGUGCUCUUCACGCCCUACCACGUCAUGCGCAACGUGCGGAUCGCCUGGCGCCUGGGCGGCUGGCGGCAGGACCUCUGCGCGCAGGUGGUGGUCAGCUGCCUGUACAUCCUGACGCGCCCGCUGGCCUUCCUCAACAGCGCCGUCAACCCCGUCUUCUACUUUCUCCUGGGAGAUCACUUCCGGGAGAUGCUGCUGAACAAACUGAGGCAGAGCUUCAAAUCCCUCAGGUCCAUCCGAGGGUGAGCCGGGCUCGUCUCCUCCGCGGAAGGCGAGGCUGCGGCGGGCUUUGCGCACGCAGCUGUCGGGCAGUUAGGGGUCCUUUUACUCCUAGGCAUCGAUCAGAGCGAGGCACAGACCAGAGGCUGAUGGAAAGGCAAGCUGUACCCAGAGCUCGGGACGAGAAGCAGAUGAGAAUCCUGAUCUCUGCACCUCGGCACCCCAAGGAGCCCAAAUGCUAGGUAUUGGAAGGACCGUGUCCGAGAGCUUCGCGUGCAUUGGAUCAGAGGUCCGACUGAAAGCUGUUUCGCAAAGUGCUCCGUGUGAUCCUUAUUCACAGUCCCCAAACUUAACUAAAUAGCAGAUUAGGUAUGUUCUGUCAAAUAUUGUUUUAGAAGUUGUUAAGAGAAUUUAAAGUACACAGUAGCAACGAUUGAGAAAGCAAUGAAAUGAGUUCAAGGCUACUGCUUGUCACCGACCGUGUGUUGAGGGGCCCUGUGAUUCAUCAGUCCUUUUUUUGUGUGGUUGUGUGGGUUAUCAGGGGAAAGAACCUGAAGAGAUAAUUCAACAAAGGGAGAAAAUAUGUUUGUUUGUGCUUGGGAAUUUAGAUAACUUUAGGAAAAUUAAAUUUAAUAAAAUUCCUUGGUAUUGUAUCAAAAUACCAGAGAUAUGCCAAGGAGAGUUGCAGAAAUUUCAAAUGUAGAAUAUAAAACGCCCAUCGGGAAACCUGAGGCCAAUAAAACAGAACAAAAGUGAGUACAUUGAUUUUAUGAUCGUGCCUUUUGGAAUUUUAUGAUCACCAUUUGACCACCUGUGCAUGGAAAGAGAUUAAAGUUCAUUAGACUUUCUACUCUUGAUGAAAUAAUGAACUUUUAAAAGUAUUACUAUCACAAAACCAGAAAAUAAGAGGAAAUGAAAUGGUAUUCCCCAGUUCAUUUGGUUCGUCUUCCCCUUUGGAGGGAAGUCAUGGUUUUUCUCUUCCCUUCCUUUGUUUUAUAAGCAUUGGAAUCAUUUACAAGGACAGCUUUUUCUUAGAGACCGUGACUCACACCUAGAGAAGGCUUGUUUUCAUAGAACAUUGCAUAAGACCCUUGGAGGAAAUGUUCUCUAUAAGAUGCGCUUUAUGCAAUUAUAGAACAUGAGGAAUAUUUAUGUGCACAUGAACACGCAUCAUUCCAGGAGGGUGAGGCACCACUCCACGCCACAAGACAACCAGGGUGGGCGUGUGCUGCCUUCACUUUUAAAAGUCAG